AUGGGCUGGGCCGCGCUCGCCGGGCCCGCCAGACCGCGCCGGGUCCUCCAGACCGCGCGCCGGGCCCGCCAGACCACGCUCUCCAGGCCGGGUCCGCCAGACCAGACCGCACUGGCGCGGCCCCACCAGACCAGACCGCGCCGGGUCCUCCAGGCCGCGCUCUCCCGGCCGGGUCCUCCAGACCAGGCUGCGCGCGCCAGGCCCGCCAGACCGCGGUCUCCCGGCCGGGCCCGCCAGACCAGGCCGCGCUCGCCCAGGCCCGCCAGGCCGCGCCGGGUCCUCCAGACCGCGCUCUCCAGGCCGGGUCCGCCAGAUCGCGCUGGGUCCGCCAGACCGCGCGCUGGGUCCUCCAGACCGCGCGCUGGGCCCGCCGGACCGCGUCAGGCCCGCCGGACCGCGCGCGCCAGGUCCUCCAGACCACGCUCUCCAGGCCGGGUCCGCCAGACCAGGCCGCGCUCGCUGGGCCCGCCAGACCAGCCCGCGCUCGCCGGGCCCGCCAGAUCGCGCCGGGUCCUCCGGACCGCGCCAGGCCGUGCGCGCCAGGUCCUCCAGACCACGGUCUCCAGGCCGGGUCCUCCAAGCCAGGCCACACGCGCCAGGCCCACCAGACGGCGCUCUCCAGGCCGGGUCCGCCAGACCAGGCCGAGCUCUCCAGGCCAGGCCGCGCCGGGUCCUUCAGACCCUGCGCUCCGGGCCCGCCAGGCCACGCUCACCAGGGCCCGCCAGGCCGCGCCGGGUCAUCCAGACCGCGCUCUCCAGGCCGGGCCCGCCAGACCAGGCCGAGCUCUCCCGGGCCCACCAGACCAGACCGCACUGGCGAGACCCCACCAGAAUAGACCGCGCCGGGUCCUUCAGGCCGCGCUCUCCAGGCCGGGUCCUCCAGACCAGGCCACGCACCCCGGGCCCACCAGACCUGCCCGACCGCGGCCUCCAGGCCGGGCCCCCCAGACCGGGCCACGCUCGCCUGGGCCCGCCAGGCCAAACCGCACUUGCCGAGCCCGCCAGGCCGUGGCGGGUCCACCCGACCGCGGUCUCCCGGCCGGGGCCGCCAGACCGCACCGGGGCCACCAGACCACGCGCUGGGCCCUCCAGACAGCGCUCUCCAGGCCGGGCCCUUCAGGCCGCGCUCGCCCGGGCCCGCCAGACCAGGCCGCGCUCACCAGGACCCGCCAGACCAGGCCACACGCUACCGGCCCGGCCCCGCGAGGUCCUCCCGACCCUGCACGCCAGGGCGCCCGCCAGGCCACGCUCGCCCGCGCCCGCCAGACCUGGCCACGCUCCACAGCCCAGGCCGCGCCGGGUCCUCCCGACCCUGCGCGCCAGGCCCUCCCGGCCGCGCUCGCCCGCGCCCGCCAGCCCCGGCCACGCGGCCCCGGCCAGGCCGCGCCGGGUCCUGCAGACCCUGCGCGCCAGGCCGCACUCACCAGAGCCCCUCCGACCAGACCACGGUCCGGGCCUGCCAGGCCUCGCCUGCCACCCUCGGCGUCCGCGGCCGAGCCCAGCCGAGCUCGCAACCCGGCCUCGCUGAGGCUACCGGGUCUGGCCAUCGCGCCUCCACCGGCGGCCUCCGGGCCCAGUGCGCGGCCACCGGCCCUCCUCAGCACCUCGCUCAGAGCCUGCCAGCCAGGCCGCCAGCCCGCUCCGUGCUAG